AUGGCCCAGAACCCAGAUAACAAGGCCGCCUGGCUAUCCGCAUCCAAAGCUACACCGCUUCAAAUCAGCCCGGCACCGUAUACCUCGCCCGGACCUCACCAGAUUGUGGUGAAGAACAGUGCACUGGGCAUCAACUCGGUCGACUGGGCCAAGCAGAUGCUCGGCGAAGCUUUGCUAGGCCAUAUCAGCUACCCAUUCAUUCUCGGUGAGGACGUGGCUGGCACCGUUGUUGAGGUGGGCGAGGGCGUUGAGCGCUUCCGCGUCGGCGACCGCGUUGUGGCUGCGGCUGCUGCGAUCUCCGUUAACAGCUCCCCCGAGGGCGGUUUCCAACUGUACACAGUCGUCCGCGACUGGUUGACCGCCCCGCUGCCAGACAGCAUUACCUUCGAGCAGGCCAGUGUGCUACCGUUGGCCAUCUUCACAGCCUCUCAUGGCCUGUUUGACACCAGAUACCUGGGUCUUGACUUGCCCACCGUGCCUGCACGUCAGUCCAGCGACAAGCGUGCUGUGAUCAUCACCGGUGGCUCAUCCGCUGUUGGAAGUACCGCGGUCCAGCUCGCCGUGUCUGCCGGGUAUGAGGUUGUGUCGACGGCGUCGCCCAAGAACUUCGACUACGUCAGGAAGCUCGGUGCCACCCAUGUGUUUGACUACAAGAGUGACACCGUGAUUGACGACAUCAGCGCUGCUGUCAAGGGACUUCACCUUGCCGGCAGCUACUCCAUCGGCGACGGCUCCAUCGACCUGCUGGCUGCUGUCCUGGUCAAGCACGAGGGCCCCUCGACCAAUAAAGUGAUUGCUCUCGCUGGUGGCCAGCCCGGGGGCGGCACUAUUGACCCGAGUAUCCAGGUCAGGUUUAUCCUACUCGGUCCGGAUGCCGCCAGCCCCGAUUCUGUCGUGAGCAAAGUCUACACGAGCUACCUCCCAGAUGCACUCGCCAACAGGCAGUUUGUGCCAGCACCUGAGGCGAUCGUCGUGGGAAAGGGGCUAGAAAAGAUUCAGGAGGCUUUUAAAAUCCACAUGCAGGGUGUUUCGGCAAAAAAGAUUGUCGUGUCGCUUUGA